CAGAUUCCGCCUGCAAGGACUGUGACCUCACUGGGUAUUUAUUUGAUUCGCUUUUAUUAUUUAUUGGGAUUGUUUUUCCCUCUUCUUAUUUAUUUCUUUUUUGGAUUUAGAAUCCUUUUGGUCCCCGAAAUCCUGCACGCGCUUUUAUCAUCACAUCUCCAACUGCCCACAUUCUCCCCCUUACUCUCAAAUUCACCACCUCUCCUUGUCGCAUGGUCUUUCCCCGCGCAUCAUGUCUGCCGCAUUGCCUUAUUUACAGAAACUGCGCAAGUCCCAACUGACGGACUGGGCGGAAGCUACUGAUCUUCACAACUACGAGGAAUACAAUAAACCAGAACUCGCCACGCUGCUGGAUCAACAUCUCCAGGCCAACCAAUCCAUCUUCGCCAAGGAUGCGCGACUAACGGAUUACUACCGACGCCUGUCGCAAACCCCGCGCAAGGGGUCGCCGGUCAAGAGAGACCCCCGGGUGGACGUCUCGCCGCUUGCGAAAGAAACACCGCGGUCGGUGCUACGGUCGGCGCGUCGCAGGCAGACGCGAGCCCUGGAGGAAGAGGUGAAGGAAGAGGCGGCGAAGGAGGAGACGCAGGAGGAGCCCAAGGAGGAACCCAAGGCGGAACCCAAGGAGGAGGCUGAGCAACCCCAAGAGGAUUCCGACGCGUCCCCACCACCUGUCUUCCAGACGCCUGGGCCGUCCCCGCUGAACUUCCAAACGGUCUUGCCGGCAUCGCCGGCCCUCAUCGCUGAUGCGGUCGACCGAGAAUCCGUCGCGUGGCGCAAUAAGGCUAGCGAUUGGUGGACUGGCUCAGGGGUGCCGGAUGGCACGCAGUCUCUGCGCUCCUUGCUAAGCAGUGUCAAGGCCGUCCAGAUUCUGACAUUGCUGCUCGAAGGGUGUUCCAUCAUUUAUGAAAUUCUGCCGCUGCGAUUCGUGUCUACCAUUUCCAUUUGGGCGAUUGAGAUCUCCAUCAAGGUCCCCGACGUCUUCGUCCUCGUCGAUGGCGUAUUCUGGGCCCCGUUCUCGCUAUGGCUGCUGACCAGCAUUCUCCUGCCGCUUACCGCCGCAUACUUCUUCAACAUCAGCCUGAAUAUCACACAAGGUGGCAGUGCUGCGUCCCACACGCGCCGCAGCCGCGCGUCGCCUGCGAACUUCGACCCGCUCAGCUUCAACAUUGCUAAGGCGGGACUCGCAUACCUGGUGUAUGCCCGGCAGUUCGACUUCUUCAACCUGUACAGCCAAUACUCGAUCGCCCGGGUGAACGCCGCCGUCCCUGGUCAAUGGGCUGGCUUGGUGACCGGGUCUGCGAUCGGUUUGAUCGGCACUAUCUAUGAGGCGAUCCUGCGGAAGUAAAUACGUGGUGUAUAUACGUGAAUGCGUUUUGGGCAGAGCCACUGGUUGGACGCAGUUUGAUUGAGUAGGAAGUGCUCCGUACAGGGGAAGGCAUGCGAGUGCCUGAAGGAGGGGGUUGUGAG